UAAAAGCUCGGAGUAUCAUCGUAGAUACGCCACGCUGGAGUAUUUUUUUCAUUCGACGGACACUUCUUCCUGUUUCAAAUGUUUUUUCCGAUCACUUCCGAUCACGAAACUGACUCAACCACUGUUCCAGUUUGGAUUUUUACAUAAUAUUGAAGGAGGAGAGAGGGACCAGACUAAGAGCGGUUAAAAAACCUCAAUGGAAUCAGCUACAUGGGAUGGCACCACCUAGCCCAUAUGAGGGAGACCAAGCUGCCUCAUGGAGCUCAGGAGAGGAACGCGCCAUUGUGCGUCUGGUGGCCGAUCCUUGUCCUGUGGGGACUGGUGGAGAACAGCCUGUCCAGACAAUAUGAGGACACCUGCAGGCCUGGAUGUUUGGUUCAGGUUCUUGCCAACCAGGCAGCAGACAUGGGUGACCACCUUGGUGUGCCGACCUUUGGGGCUACAGACUGGUUGUGGAGACGUGGAACAUCACCUCACUCGAGGGGAAGGAACCUGAUCUAGUCUGGAUUCCCUGUUGGCUCUGGACCUCUUUUCUUCGGAAGCAUGUAAGGAAAGGCAGCAAUGCUGGUAGUAACAAAGAACAUUGUGCAAUGUGACUAACUCACCAUCAUUAAUGACUAACUUCAAUUUAAAACCAGUACUGAAGAAAAAGGAAAAAGGAAAGUAACAGCGACUACUCACACUUACGGAUAAAUGUUUAAAAUACACAUCAAUAGAUGGUGAAAUUACUAAAAUAAACAUUUCAAAUUGCUGAAAAAACAAAAUGGUACAUAAAUUGCAAAACUGCUUUAACUAAUGGAUAAACAGUUGACGCUUACAAAGGAUGUUCCAAGCACUCAUUUAUUUAAUUAAAGAUUGGACGUCCAGGGAUGAAGCUGAUUCAUUUAAUACCAGUAAAACCAGUCCGGAGGUGCAGCAGCAGAUAAAUGUGGCUCAUUGUCUGUUGUUGUUUUUGUCUUUCUGUCGAUCUCUGAAUCUUCCACUGAGCACCUGUCCUCACUUCCUCGUUCCGAUGACUCCUGUUUGCUCCAUCCAUGAAAGAUUGGCUGGGAACAUCCUCUAUCCGAGAGGAAGCCGUGCUCUGUGAAAUUCACACCACUCUCCCCAUUUUGGGAAUCACCGCAAACAGUCCACUUCCAGUUUCCCCAGGAGCUGACCGGGGGUUCCUCCAUCUGCAGGUCCUGUCUCCUCCGAUGAGGCCCGGUCCUGUUUGUCCAGCCAGUUGCAGAAAUGGACCCAGAGGCUGAAAGGAAGUGGGGUUGUGUUGUUGUUUGCAGCCACCAGGGGUCAGCUGUGCACAGGACGACAUGAGGACUCCUUUAGAUUCAGACAACCAUCGCCAGUGAAAUUGAUGGAGGCAGUAACCUGAUUGUGAACUCUGAACAUCAGGAAAACUGGUCUUUAACGGCCCACAGAGACGAGUCAAACAGUGGGCGACUCACAUUCACCACAUCCUUUUGUUGUCCGGGUGAAAGAAAGUCAAGGCCAACUCGGUCACGGGAGCCUUCCUGAACCUCUGUCUGGUCGGGCUCGGCAGGAAUCCUUCCCUCCGUGGUUCACCUGAGAUAUUUUGACAGCAGCAAAUGACACAGUAUGAUAGAGUGUCAUCACUUUAUCCUUUCAUACUGAGCUGAAACCCAAUAACUUUUGUAUAUUCCUUUGAUUCCUUCACUUCAGCCCCCAGGUUUACUGUGGAAUGAAGUCAUCCCUUGUCCACUAAUCCCAUACAGAAAUAGACUCAGUUCAGUCCAGUUUUGGUAACUGUUAUGCAACACGAGAUAGUUCAUGGUUAAGGAUAUACAUGACCAGUUAAUACCCUCAGUAAUACGGUUCAACCUAAUCUACUGGACUCCACUACCCUUCUAAACUUAAUUGUAUUUCUAGAACACUAGCACUAUUUCAUUACAUGUGUAUUUUAGUGGCGGCUGUGAAAGUCUUUGUGCAUUUGCUAUUAUAAGAAUGUUCGAGUUAUUUUUAACUUUCUGCUCAUGCAGUGUGUGUGUGUUCAGAUCACACAGGGUCAGAGCAAGUGUUCAGAGACAAAAGGAAUCCAUGAUAUAAUUUCUGAAAUAAUAAUCUGAUUAUUUAGAGGUAAUAACCGGAUGUUUUUUUUCUCCUUCCAUUGAAAACAAGUGUUCCUCUCUGAGGGUCCUGAGAAUGAAGAGCCCCUUAAUCCUUAUUACCUAAAGUGGUCCUUAAUGAGAUUACAACCUGCACGAAAAUUACAAGUGGAUGGCUAUUUACCAUCUGCUGUCACUGAUAGAGAAACAUCUCUCACACCCUCUCACAUUUUAGUCUGUGCCGCUUCCUACUUCAGGCUCAAGGAAAAAAAAAACUGAAGCACUUCAAAUAUUGGUGAGAUUUUUGCCAUAGUUCCCCCUACAGCUGGCAACAUACACAUCAUCAGGUUAAAAUGCAUGCACAAAUGUGUUAGAGGCCCGUUGAUAUUAAAUAUAUAAUUAGCCAAAUAACUGUGUGGUCCUUGUUGAUCACUUCUUCGGCCUGCAGUGACAGCUCUGCCUGCGUCUGUGUGACACACCUUCCCCAAGAGGAUUUACAGGCGCUGCACUUGCAGUGUAGAUUAACUCUGAGCAAAGAUUAAGCAAAUUAACCACGAUGAUGCCUCCCGAAAUACACUGUUACUGUGCAGUUCGUUCAAUGGCCGUCAUGAUGUAGAACACGGAAUAACGGUUCAUGGAUUCUUUCAAGACUUUUGUGAUGCCAACGAAGCCAGUCAACGAUGAUGAAUGAAACAGGGCUUCGCAGGAUCCUCCCUGAACAGUAUUCAGGGAGUGGGCACACUUUUGGCACCUCACGCCACCCAAGCAUCAUCGACCCCAUCCUCUCAAAGCGGGUCUGCUUCUACAAAAGUGGCGACCCUCAGUUCAACGGUCUGCGCCUGGUCAUCAACAACCGCACCUUUAAAACCUUUGACGCCCUCCUGGACAGCCUCUCUAAGAAGGUUCCCCUGCCGUUCGGGGUGAGGAACAUCACAACUCCUCGGGGCGUUCACGCGAUCAACACUUUGGAUGAACUCGAGGAUGGAAAAUCCUACAUCUGCUCUGACAGCCGCAAGGUAAAACCUAUAAAUCUGGCCCUGGCCAGGAAGAAGCUGCCACCUUGGUACCACGCCAGACCUGUUAGUUCACGUCGGCGCACUGUGCAGCAGGCCAGGUUCUUCCCAGGUCGGAGCCUCCAUAAGCAGGAGCAGGUGCUUGUGCGAACCCCAAAGAGGCUGCUGGUGUUUUGCAAUGGAGACCCCACCAUUAAACACACUGUGGUGCUUAACAAGAAGACCACACCGAGCUAUGAGGCUAUUCUGGAAUAUAUCUCGGCACUGAUGCAGUUCCAUGUGUUGAAACUACACACUCCUGAUGGCAGACGUGUUGAUGGUCUUCCAGGCUUGAUACUGUGUUCUGGGACUGUUGUGGCUGUAGGCAGGGAGCCUUUUAGACCCGCAAUCUACUCUGAACAGAAAUCACCAGCUCCAAAAUGGCUGCACACCAACCGAAUGGCUGACAGAAGACAAAAGGCUUUGAACCUUAAAAAGAAGUCUCUUUCAUAUUCUUCAAAGUCAAGGAAUUUCUCCCCUUCAUCUGAGAGGUACAUCGUUCAUCAGAUUCACAACAGAAUCGCAGAGAGUUCGUGUGAAAUACCCAGCAAUCCCACUAACUCAGUCGAGUUUGAGUCCAGUCGUAUACUGGAGUCAGUAUCGGAGACGGAAGAAGACAUCUGCCUCGACAAUGGAGCUGACGGACAGAUCUGCUCGCUGCCCAGCGAGGAUGAUAUUGAAAAGUCCUUUCGGGUGAAUCAGGACGGAAGCAUGACAGUGGAGAUGAAGGUGCGGCUGACAAUUAAGGAAGAGGAAACCGUCCACUGGACGACCACCCUGUCACGCUCCAGUGUAGCCAGUCAGCUUAAUGCAGCCUGUUUACCAGAGCCUGAGGCAGAGCAGGAGAUCUGCUCACUGAAAUCCACCUCACUGGAUUUACAAAGUCCUUCUUCUUCCAUAGACACCAUCAACAAAGACAAAACUAAAGACAACAACGAUGAGGAUCCACCAUCGCCGAGCAACGGAGCUUUCAGUGAGAGUGGUACCGAAGAGGAUGAGAUCAAAAGCCACACCGAUGUGGCGUCUCCCACAAGAGCUCCUACCCCAGGACACAAACAAAUUAGCACAAAGGAAGCCUCUGUGGAGAGCAUCAAAUCGGUGACGGCGGGUGAGAUUCAGGAGGGAAUGAUUGAGUCUUAUUCUUACAGAGAACAGACAGAAAAUAGAACCAUGACAGAGCAAUACUGCAUGAUCAAACAGAGCAGCACCAGACCAGUACCCAAACCUAGAAGACUUGGCUCUGUGGACACCAACAGCAGAAAUGUCUCUGCAUUCAAAUCAGCAGGAAUAAUGCAGAUUGAAUCCAGUGGAGAGGAGGUCACUGAAACUGUCUUACACAUAUACGAGCAACAGACCUGCCAGGACAAUUUCCUUGCAAACGUUUGUACACACAGUGUGUCUGCUUCUGGGAUUACUUUCAGUAGACCGGCGACUGCCGAAACAGGACAUUUUUCCUCAAGUAAUGAAUUUGAACCCGAGCCCUGGAGACCCUCAACUGCCUCUGAGUCCAUUAAUAUCUGGAGGGCUGAGAGUGUGUCGGCAACAUCAGAUUUAAACUUGCCAUCAUUGAAGACUGCUGCAAUUCAAGCUGCGAAUAAACAGCAACAAUUCCAAAACUCCACAAAAAGCCAAAUCAAGCCCCAAGAAAAAAGGGUAUCCCCAAAACCCAAGGUGAUCAAUAAACAUGUUCGACGGCUUUUGACACCAGGGAAAAAACAAAAAGAGAAUUCGACAAGAGCAACAGAGUCACGGAAGAAAGUAAGGACUCCUCCAACUUUCUCCAGUGCUGGGUUUAUUAAGAGAAUUUACGGAAAUAAAUUUAAAUCAGCAAAAACUAUGAAAAGGCUAAAAAAGAGGCAGGCACAAAACAGGGAUGCUACAACAAAUAGUCCACAAGUGGCAGAUGAUGCAAUAGAAAGUGUGGCUAAAGCCAAAAACAAACCACUAGCACUGAAAGAAAACACAACUGAGAGAGCUUCUUUUGAAUCAAACAGGUUGGGUGUUGUGGUAACCCAACCACGACGAGUACUGACACGGCAGACAUCAAUGCACAUGGAGAAAAAGAGUGAAAGUGAGCCUCGUGAUAUUAGUGAAAGCAUGUCACUGCCUGCUUUUAACUCCUUCACUUCUGGUACUAAUGAAUAUGUAGAGAACUGGCUGGAGAAAUCCCAUCUUGACCCUCCGUCCUAUCUAAAUGAGAAAAGUAAAAAAAUUGAAGAAGUGACAGAAAAUGGCGGAUGUGUUGAGUCUGACAAGAAGCAUGGCUUGAUCACCGUGGAAGAAAAGGUGAAGUGUUUGGAGGAGACAUCGGAAACAUGUCCAACUUUUGAACCACCACCUGAGAAUCUUCCGGGGAUGUCUGUGAAACUGAGGGUCCAGUCUUUUGAAAACAAAUCAGCAGAGAAAUCCACAGUCAGUCAGCAAAUUCUUUGUAAUGAGACAACUACAGCAAAUACAGACCAUCGCAGGAGCUUAUCUCAGAAAAAUACUGAAGAAAUAAAGCCUCUUUCAAAUGGCAUCUGUUCCCAAAUGAUUCCACCAACUAGCAAGACCUCAACAGAAAUGCCAUUAGAUGGUGAAGUGGAAUAUAAAUCAACCCCAGUCAAAAUCUCAUUUCAAAAAGCUACACCUACCAAUACUCUUUCAAUGGAGCUACCACCACCUCCACCUGAGCUAUCAGACACUGAAUACUGCAUGAGCGAUGUAUCGUCAGUGGCCAGCAGCUCAUUAGACAAAGACUCAUCCUUGAACAGUGAAAGAACAGAUAAUCAUCCUUCAUCUAAUAGUCCUACAUCAGACAAGGCCGUAUCACCAACUGACAGCACAACGGAAAUAACAUCAUCAGUUCACAAAGACGUUCCUUCCACGCUGAGGGACGCACCAUCACCAACAACUCCAUCUAUUAAAAGGGCCUCUUUAGUCAGUAAUCUGUCUCUUGAAAGGAAAAUGUCUCUCAGAAAGGCUGGUCUGGAUAAAUACACUCUAAGUAGUGAUGUCCAUUCAGAGACAAGCCCAUUAUCUGCUCCCAUCAGCACUGUGGGUGAUGAUGUGCUGCCAAAUGGCAUCUGUUUAACCGGGACUCAACAAUCAAUCAAAGCAGCACCAGAAGAGACGCAGCAAUCAUUCUCAGAUCCAAUGGGCAGUCCAUCAUGCUGUACUUCUGUGUCCCCAGCAAGUUUAACAUCUGAAGACCGAGCGCCAUCACCCAGUAUUUUAUCAAGUGAGGGCUCAAUGCGAAAAAAUCUCCAAAUUAGAGACACAAAAACAUCAUCUUUAGUGCAAAAAGAGGCGUCAUCACCUAAAAGCGUGGUGAAAAAAGCAAAACUGCAAAGUAGUCCUUCUCCAGAGAGGAAAUUCCAAAUGAAGAAAUCCUCCUUAGAACUUCCAAGUAACCCUCCAAAAUCAUUGUCACAACAUAUCCGUCCUUCAGUUAAAAAUGCAUCUCCAAAUAGUGGGAUACAAAAACAUGCAGACCCAAAUGCUGGCACUCCCACCGAAAGAAAGCAGAAGCUUUACAAACCAAAACUGCAAAAAAGAUCCUCUCCAUAUUCUCAGUCUCUGGACAUGGUGUCACCACCUGGCAAAAACAAAUCAAGCAGGAAGUUGUUCUCCAGAAAUCUCUCCUCAGAUACUCCAUUAGAGCCUACAAACAGGACACAAAAGAAAACAUCCCAAAGGAAAAGUCACCAAACACCGCAGUUGGUAAAAUCAGAACCUGAACUGGACAAAACACCAACCGGUGGUGCUGUUUUAUCACCAGCAGCAGAUAAGAGAGAUGAAAAUAAGGCAGAUCGAGAGAAAUCCUUGACGGACGUGCAAAUAACACCACAGCCAUUAAACACCACAGACCAGCCGAUCAUGAAACCAGUUCUCGAGAAGAUUUGCUUCUCAAUCAAGUCAAUCAGACAAAUAACCCAGAACAAACGCCCGUCAUGUCUGGAGAAGUCCAACAGCUUGCCUGACUUCUCCUCUCAUGUGGCGUCUACGUUUGGCUCCUCAUCUAAAGCUCUUCUUGCUUUCCUGUCUGUCAUGACUCUAAAGGAAGGCAUAACUAACCUAAAUAUGGAUGAGCUGAAUGCAAACAAUGUCAGCUGUGCAGAAGCUUUAAAAAUGAUCGACUCUCUCAGAGAAAUUGCCAGCAUUGAAGAUUCACACAAACUGCACACUAGUUUGUCAAAUCUGCAACAUUCAGCGUCGAAACAGCUCCUGCAGAGUUGGAAGGGCUUUCAGGAACUCAGCGACAAAUGCCAAAGUCGUAGCUCGACGCCGGAGAGCUUAGAACUUAUAACCGAGGAUGGUCCAGAGCAAGACUGCGGCAGUGAAGAAAGUGUUAUCAAUGGGAUCAUGGAUAGCCUUGACAUACCUGUGGAGCUUAAGAAGGAACUGGCUUCUUUUAGAGUCGGAUCAAAGAGUGACAAUGAAGAAAAUAUUAUUCAAAGAGCGGAGAUGUCAACGAAUGACAACACAAACCAUUUUCCCAACGAAGAUUGUGUUAAUGUUACUCAGGAACACGAAGCUAAUGUUUAUGUGAGAUCCAUCAUUAAAAAAUUCACAGACAUUAACCAGACAAAACAACCUGGAAUGGACAAAACUCACUUGAUAACGGAGACAGCAAAACACAAACCAACCAACCAGGCAUCUAAAGACAACAACAGUCAACAUGGGCAGAAUGGUGAGACCAAAUAUCCACCAGCUGAACCCAAUUAUCAACAGAUUUCUGAAGAAAGGCAGCUUCACAGUGCAGCACUGUUUGUACAAGAGAACGGGUUGGACUGGCAGUCAUGUAGGGAUGCGGUCCAUCAAGAACAUGAGGAAGAGAAUGAAGGCAACUCAACUGAAGACAGGGCAAAUUUUGAAAAAGAGCCCGAGGAACAAGAUGUAGAAUCUAGGCAGCUACAGACAGAAAGCGAGGAAAGCAUGAGUAUCCCCGAGAAUGAGUCAGAGCAUGAUGAUAAAUCAGGUUCAGAAGAGGAACGACAAGACAUACCAAGUGCCAAUAAAGUUUUAGCACAAAAAGACAGCUGUGAGCAAACUGUGUCCGGUUCAGAGGCAGGUGAGCAGCAGAGUUCAGAAGAGGGAGAGCCAGAAGUUGCAUGUGAGGAGAUAAACCAGGACAAUAAUGAAAUCGAAGACUUGUCCAACCCUGAAAGUCACUCUGACAAGGAAGAGAACAAGCAAUCGAGUUCCAACUAUGUGGAACUGAAUGCAAGAGAGACAGAAAGCAGUCCUGAGAGUGAAAAUCAGUCAGAGGAAGAGCAAUCAGAGGUUGAAUGUAAGGAGCUGAGCAACAAAGAUGACUCAUCUAAACCUGCAUGUCUGUCCGGCUCAGAGAAAGAACAGCAGAAUCAAACAUGCAGCAUGGGAUUGAAUGUCAGCGUUGAGGAAAGCACAGGAAACUCAGAUGUGGAUGAGUCAUAUUCAGAGGAAGAGCAGCCUGAGGUUGAAUUUAAGGAGCUGCAGGUUAUUGUUGAAGAAAGUCUGUCUGGCAUUGAGGAUGAGGAGGAUGAUGAUAUAGUCCACCUUCAUAAUCCUCCAAAGGAUGGGGUGCAAACAAAAACAUUCGGAGGGUUAAAUGCUUUGAUAGAAGAGCCAGAGGAAGACAAAGAUAGCUCAGAAGAUGAGAACCUUCACAGUGAUCAAACACAAACUUGUGACAAGAAUACUGUCGGCAGAGCGCUGAGCAAUGUGAUAGAAAACCAGGAUUUAUAUACAAAAAAUGACAGCAGCAGCUUGAUAAAGCCUGACAGUUUAGGAAAACAUAGAUUCGGUGCAGAUGAUGAUAGUGGGAAUGACCACAGCAGCUGUGAAGAUCAUGUAGAAGAAGAGCAUCCAAAGGUCAACGAAGAACACAUCAGCAGCUCAAUGGAAGAAGAAUUAAGCUACUAUGAUAAAGAGUCCAGCUCAGAGGAAGAACAAGUCAACAUGGAGAGCUACAUAGAAGAAAGCUGUAUACAGUAUCACAAAGCCCCUGCAUUGGAGACACAACCUGAAGUUACAAAAUGUGAAAAGGCUAUGGAAAAGCUCAAGCAUCCCUCUGAAGAAGUAAUAUCCCAAUCUGUCGCAGAGAGAAUAAGUCUUCUAGAAAAGCAUGUGGCAGAUGCUCAGAAACGAAAAGAUACGACAGAAAAUUCUCCCAUCAGACGUUUCUCACAAAGAAACGUCCCCGCUGAGUCAGACGAAGAGGAUUCGCCCUCCGAUUCGCCCACAUCUCAGCUCACACUCUUCACCCGAUCGGCUCCUCAGUCGUCACUUUCUUUCAGCUACGACUCCAGUGGUGUUAUAACCACGGAGCCUGAAGGUAACAGGGUCAGAUGCAUCAGGGAAAUGUUCUUGGCAAAGAGCACCACAGACAUCCAGGAAAGACGAUUCCCGAGCCAACAGGAGUUAAGAGCCGAGACGUCAGUGAGCGGCGGCUAUCAGUCUCAGACUUCAAGUGAGCUGUCCAGUGGUGAAGAUGAUUCGGUACGGAAAUCCAUCACUAAGGGCUUCGUGAGGAGAACAAUCGAAAGACUUUAUGGAAGGAAAGAUGCUCAACCCGAUGAGGAGUCAGGUGAAAGGCCCACGCCCGAGCCGAAGCAGAAAAGAAAAGAACAUUCGAGCAUUUUCUCUCCCUUUCACACAGCUCGGGCGAAAGCAAUGUCCGAAUUAUCUUACUUUAACUCCACGAAUGCACUGGACACCUUGAGUGAAGCGACAAGAUGCAUUGCUUUCAACGCACAAGUCGGGCCUGGAGACGGCGUUCCUCUGGAUGACGGACAAUGGCUCCUCAGAGAGAACACGCUGAUCAGGAAGUCAGUUUCAGAUCCAGUCGGAAUUAACAAAACCUUCACAAACACUCCUAAAGACGACGACAUAUGUAAGGACACACAGGAGAACACUCCAUAUUCUCUCUUCAGCACAAAGCCUGAACUGGAAGAAAAAACCAAGCCAAUAACUAGGAAGUGCACCUACUUUUCUUUACCUCAUGCUAGUGCUAGCGAGUCCGACGCAUGUCAGGAUGACGUUAGCAUGGUGAGCAAGAGCAGCCCAAAUGGCAGCGACGGCGUCAUCGAGGCGAAGGACAACUCUGAGGACAGCAAAUCAUGCACAGAGAGGAACGGCAUGCUGCCUGGUGUUGGUGAUUUUAAGAUAAAGGACAACAAAGUUCACCCGCUGACCGAGCCUCCACCCGAUGGAGAGGUUGUGGUGGUACAGCCGGGGAAAGGUUAUGGCGUUGUUAAUCGGAGGUACCAGGAGCCUGAUAUGUUGGACAUUCUGUAUAAUUUUUGUGGUGAACAUUGCCCCAUCUUAUGAAGGCUUUCAUUUUACUGAAAUCAUCAAAAACACAGGUUUAAGGACUUUUUUUUUUCAUCUAAAUUCUGUUGGGCUACAGUUGAAUAUAUUCUCUUUGGUGCCUACAUUUUGACGUUGCCAUAGUCUUGGCAUGACACACUAACAUAUGUCAACUCACUUGAGCUAACUGUUGAAUGUGUCGCAGAUGCACAAGCCAACGGGUUAACCCUUAUUCACCCUCCACGUGUUCAUAAAGAGAUAUCAUUUGUCAGUUUUAUGCCCCGUGUUUGGUGUAAAGAUCGACCAUGCACACUCCAGAGCAGCUCUUCUCCUCUUACAGGUUGCCUGUCAACAAAACAAGUAGCCAGAGCUUUACUGUAAUCUCAUCUUAAAACUCCUUAAACAGAUCAAGUCCCCGCAGAUGUCGCUGAGUGAACGGGUCAGUUUGUUGUUUGACUUCACGUCACAAUGGUGCUGUUUGUUUUCUAAAACAGUCAAAAAGCAGCUCAGUGUCAAACAGGUUGUCUGCAGAUGGUAGAAGGUAAUACUAAUGUUGUAUAUCGGUUGUCUAUGGUGUAAAUAAGACAUUUUUUUCAUUUUCACAAAGUAAUCAUAGUUAAUAAAAAUUGAUCUUUAUCAUUAGGAUAAUCUGUUUAAUGGUUUACAAUGUGGCAGCUGUGACAUUUUUGUCUUUUUAAAUUGAUGUGUAAGAAUAAAAGUGUGUGUUUGCAAA